AGGCGAUUAUGUCUGUCGGCGUUUUCUCUUUUCCUUUAAGUCAUUUGCGUCUCGUGUCGGACGAACUGCAGAGUUGUCAAUUCAGUGUUUUUAUAUGUUAUUUGGAAAAGUGAAACUAAUAAUCUUUCUUCUAAGGCCGAGAAGAACUCGCCUGUUUCGGGGGAACUGAACUAAAAGCGCAAAAAUAUAGGCCUAACGUUGCACAGGUCACACCAACAACCUGCAUGAAUGAAUAAUAAUAAUAAUAAAAUAUAAGUUUAAGGAACCAACAAGCCGUCGCUUACUUUGACCGUCUAAAUAACCGGAAAAUAUCGACUUCCGUCGGGAAUUAAGACGGUUUUUAAUGUCGCCAUAACACAAGACGAUUGAGGAGGAAGCAAUGGCAAAAGCAUGCACGCAACUUUAGGCCGAUAGGCCUAUGACCGACGGGACUUUCGACGGUUUUUUUGUUUCUUUUUUUGCUUGACGAGGGACUACUCAUGAUGUCUUUGCUUCGUUCACCAUUUGAGCCUUAUCUGCGGGAUUUCUUGAACUUCUUAGGGCAAGAGGCAGUAUUAACUUUAGCCCGUGUGGCCACAAACAAUCGAAUUGUACCAACUACAACAGAGGAGGCAAUUGAAGCUACUUUACUUCAUACGUCUGAUUUAGCCCGUCUGUUCUCUUACAAACGUAUCAAGAGCCAGUCAUUGUUUAUGUAUUUACACAAGUAUGGUGUGCCAACAGAACGUUCUGCAAGUAAACCCCAACUUAUGGUGGCUGUCCAGGAAUUUUGGUGCCAACAGAUCCAGAACAAAUCUAUUCCAAAUCCUCCCCUUGUGAAAAGAAGAGCAUCAGAUCCAUCUAGUGCCAGUAAAGAUGUUAAAGAAGUUGGUAGUCACCAAAGUGAUACCAACCAUGUGGAAGGAAGACUCAGUGCAAAGCGCAGGUUACAUCGCGAGGGUCCAGCUGGGCGCAGCUUGUCAGAAAGUAGUUCAACCAUACAUCUGUCAGACAGUCAGGGCAAUGUAGUGAACAGGACACGGUUUGAUAAUGCUGCAGAUAUAGUGUCUUCUAAUACUGUGACAAAAAAAGUGAGCUCUGAUAAAUUUUCUAAGGAUUUUUGCGAGUGGUAUUAUACGAUGCUGAAUCGCCUUCAGCCAGAAUGUGCCCACCAGUGCGGAGAUAAUUUUGGGGCGAAAAUCUUUUUCAGCAAUAGUUCUGUGGAUGUAUUUCUUAUUGGUCAGGUAAGCGAAGAGAAGCAUUCACAGGGAUCAGACAACAAUUUUACCCUUAUCAGUGGUGUUUGCAAACAAUAUAGACUUCUUUUCAGUCCAAAUUUGGAGAGUGGUACUCAGGCCCACAAGUCUGCCCAUGGGAUGGUGAAGAUUCUUUGUUGUGGUACUUUGUUUCAAAGUGGAUCUUUCAUAGGCAUAUUUGAGCAAGAGUUUGGUCUUUUAAUCUGCCCGGUUGACAAAGUUUGGAAAAUUAUGUACACAAAAGUUAAUCUCAAACAGACUGGGACGGAACAGCCCUUGCCAAGUUUACCCCAGUGCCAGAUAUUUGAAAUUGAGGGAGUUUAAUCGCAUGGAGAAUGUCCUAACUCAUUAAGCUUUGAAUCUUACAUUUUAUUGACUGUUAAGUGUUAUAUAUUUUAUAAAUUUUAUAUUUUUGUCUGCCAUAAUUAGUGUGAUAAAAGGAAAACACACAUUUACAAAACCUCUUGAUGGUAAUGUAAUGAAUUUGUAAUUUUUACCCUUGGCUGGUGGGACAUGAACCCAUUAGUUUAUAUACUCAAUUCUAGUGUACUUAAGUCACAGCAGAUCCACCAGGUGUUGUGUCAUUACAAAAAAUUGCAAUGUGAACCUGUGAGGUCAUCAUUAAUUGUAAAUUCAUCAUCUUUGUCAUGUGGACCAAGUUAAUUUUUCAUUAUCAUACUUUUUAUUUUUAUUUCUUCAAUGAAUAACCAAUAUGACACAAGGUUUGUAAAGUCCAUUGCUGAAUCUGAUUGCAUUCACAUAUAUGUUCGUAAUCAUUCAUGCUCAUGUUUUGUGUACUUAAUUCAUGUUAUUAAAAAUUGAACCUUUUUUUUCUCUAGAUCUUUACUUUCUGUAUGAAUCUUUUAUAUUUAUUUUCAGAAUGUUAAAAGCUUAGACAUUCAUAAUGCAGCUUUCUUAAAUAUUUGAGUAAAAAAAAAUACCCACGUAUUCUUAUUUUUAGGAAUGGGUGUUGAUUUUGAGUAUCCAAAACAAGAAACGUUUUUAUGCUAGUUAUACAGUAAUACUAGUUUUGUUUAAGCAAUGCUGUGUGGGGUGUUCUAUCCUUAUUUUUAAGAGGUAUCAAGACAAAAUGUUAAUAAAUUAGGUUUUUACAUUUUCAGGUUUUUGUUCAAACAGCACUGCUUGCGAAAAGUGAACGCAACUAUUAUCUUCACUUAAAUAAUGAUACAGUCAUUCCUUGAUUCAAAGGAGUGUAAGGUUUAAGUCCAAAAUUGUGUCCAGUGCCGUUUAUUUUAUUAUCGGAAAGUUCUGUUGGUGCAGGUUAAAGUCACAAGAGUUACAUCUCGGAUACAACGAUGUGUUGUUGCUGUUGAUGGUAGAAGUUUAUAGACAGAAAUAUCUGAUCAGUGUUACAUUUCAAGAUUAUAUAGCUGAAUUUUUAUGGCCAAAUUCAUAUAAUAUCCUUUCAUACAUCUUUGUUAAACUCUCAUGACCUGACUUGUGGUGCAUCUUUGAAUGUGGAACACCUUAUGUACAAUAUGUUCAUGUGAAUUAUAAAUCCAUUGAAUUUGCCAAUCUUGGGAAUAUCAAACAGAUAACAAACCCUUUGAACUAAGAUUUAUAACUCAUUUUGCAGGUAGGGAAGUAAUCUGUAGUCUCCUGAAAUGACUAUGAUAGAUUACCUUGUUAACUUUUUAAGAUUUUAAUAUAAUCACAUAGAUUGAGUCUGUUGGAACUUUUUCAGACUAGUUAUAAUCCCACAGAUUGAGACUUGGAAUUCAGACAAAAUAUCACUUGUGGAUUUUUGUCAACACUUCAUCAUUUGUUGUUGCUUGAAAUACGGCAGUCAUAUAAAACAUUUUUUUUUUUCAUUACUUGCCUAUUGUAAUUAGCUGCUUCAUGGUUCUAAGAUCCAAGAUGCUUCAUCAGUUCUUCCUGAAAGAUACCAAGCAAAUGUCAGUUAGCAACUGAUACAUAAACUUGCUUCCCCUUAGUAGUAGAAAUCACUAUUGCUUCUUCUUCUUUCAAGAAUAAUUCUAUUUUCUAGCAAACCCAUUUAAUGAGGUUUGUAUGAACAAAUUUUCAUGGAGCUUUGUAUGUAUGAUUUACAUAUUUUUGAAAAUAUUCUGUGAUUUCAGUUUUUAAGAUAGUGUAAUCAUUUUUGGGUGCUAUCAAGAGUGGGUCUUAUUUAAAUCCACCCCGCUCAUAGUUGAGUUUAUUACAUGUUACUGGUUUGUUUAUUUUUCAUGGCUUUUAUAUGAAGUUAUCUCAUUUAUAGUAGGAAUAGAUUUUUGCCGCCUUUUUUUUUUAAUUUGAUCUUGUACAUUGCAGAGAGGAAAGUCUCAUUUGAGAGGUUUGUUUCUUAUAAAAGAUUUUUGCUGAACAAAUGCAAAUGUAUUGAUGAAUAUAUACUAAAGGCAUUUAUUUUGUUUUGGAAUUGAUUUUUGCUGAAAUUUUUAGUCAUGUUUAUAUGGCUUUGUUCAUAUAUUUCCAAUUGUUUCACCAUUUAAUAAUUCAUGUAGGAGCCACAAGUUUUACCAUGUUAUUUCUUUACAAUUAUAUAUUGUAACUUGACAAGAGCAGUGAUUAUUGUUGAUUGAAUUAUGUCUAUUCAUUAGUAUUUGAUGAAGCUUCCUCUGGUACAGCUUCCUGUAUUCAGUCUUGACAUUGGUGUUCUGUAAUUAAGUCAUACUAUCCUGUUUGUGCGGUCAUUUUCAGCUGUUGGGAUCUAACAAGUACAUCCGGUUCACUUACACUUAUCUGUUUGAUUAGAAUUCCCUAAUUACAGUCUUUUACUAGAGGAACCAUCAUCCCAUUGCCAUAUGUACAUUAAUGCUUUGUUUUCCCCUAGUCAUAGUGGACAAAGUGACUUGCCACUGAUGUUUUCCUGAGCAACUGUCCAACUUCUUUUGUGUACCAGUGAUCUACAUUUAAUCUAUCUCUGUGGCUGAUAAUGUAAUUCAUUAUGGUGAAAUCCUCAAUAACGACAGUGAAUUGUAGACCCAACUCUUGCAUCUUUGAUUAAGGCCUAAGCAUACAAAGGUUUGUAUUUAAAAAACUUUUACAUAUUUUUCAUAUUUCACAUAAUAACCCAGCCUAUUCAAUCUCCCAAAUAGAUGUAAUGGUUGUAGGAGAGGCAACAGUAGAGCAGUUUUUGAAAUCUGCGGAGACAUCCUCUUAAGUAGAACACAUGGGUGGCAAUCAUCAAUAACAAUGCCGAUAAUGAAAACAGUUCACAGGACACAGGAUAACAUUUAUUUACAAAGUUAAAGUACACAACUACUUUAUCUCACAAUACUAAAUCUUGUAUAUUCUUUUGUAACCUCACCUUGUGGUCUUUUAUUAGAUAUGCCUCUUCAACUGGAGAUGAGUAAUGUACUUGUAAAUAUCACUAUCUGCCUAUCAGUAUUAGUCAACAAUUGAACAGUAAACGUCAAUAACAUUUACUGACUGCUUAAAUUAACUCAUAGUCUUGUAACUCUGAAAUCUGGUCAUAAUGUUGUUAAAAUUUACAACUACAGACUUGCAAUGCUUUGUCUCACAGAAUGCAACACAGCAUUUCCUUUUUAUCUGGAACUGAAAUGCUGUAGCCUAGAUAACUUGUAACUUAAUUUUAUGGAUUAAUCACAAGUCAAAGGUCAACAGCUUGUUUUAUAAUAAAGUGAAAGAAUGUUAAUGUAUUCUUGUACAAAAAGUUAUGGAGGAUCAAUUUUCUUAGCCUUGGGAAUAUAUCUAUUCUGUUCAUAUCAGAAACAAGUAAAAUAAUCUCUUACACAAUUAUUGUAUGCUACUUCCUUUCAAAGCAAACGUGGAACCGAUAAUCAGCGUAAAAUAAAGUAUAAUACCAUUAGGAUUUAUACAAUAAAACCUUUUAGAUACAAGUGGGCCAGGACUGUUAGCAUUUACUUUCAUAUUGGAAAGAUGUAACUUUGUCUUAUAAAAUAAUACUUAGAAAAAUACUUCAAAAACUAUUCAUUCCAGUAAAAAGGAACUCCACUAACAGCAGAUUUUU